AAAUGUUUUUUACCACAUUACUUUCAAUUAGUGAACAUUAUUGUUGAGCAUUCUUUUUGAUCUAUAGAGCAGCUUUGCAAGAUAUUUGUUCUACUAAUUCCAUUGUACAUUACUCUAUAGGAUAUGUAAAUAGGUCUACAUUAAUGAAUGGAAUGGGGGUGUAGGGACAGCCUAAUUUUUCUUUGGUGGAAUGGGAACUUUUAUCAGAUAAAAUGCAUCCUUACUUUCUCUAUAUACUAAUCCUCAAAUAAAGAAUACAUAGAAAUAACCACAUUUAAUCUUUAUAUGAUAAGAUGUGUCACAUGCCUUCCGUGCCAAUAUGAAUGUAGAUCAGCUUUGCUUUGAAAAUGUCAUAUCAUCCUGCUUGCAUCAGAAAGGCUAGAGGAAUAUCUUCAUAGAUGACAGUAUUGGCGAAUGGAAUUAAGCGGGCCUAGCUGGUAUAAAGCCUGCAAGAUCUAAGAGUGAAUCGUUUAAUCUAUAACGAUCUGACACAUUUACAGGUUUGCAGUCUAUCAAACACUUUACUUUAUUCACUUUCAUAAUUGACUGACUUCACCAUGACUUCACACAUCAUCCUCUAUCGCACAAGAUCUCUCUCUCUCUCCCUCCCUUUUUCACAUCUUAUGCAUGUCUUGUAUCUUUAGGGGCUGUUGCGCUCAGAUCUAAUCACUUUGCUUUGUUCCGCUAAACCUGUAUUGCAUAACGAUCACUGCCAAAGGAAUAAUUAUUACACGACUGCUUAGUGAUACUAGGUCAAUCACUGCAAUGCCACGGCAACCUUGGUCAAGUUCUACAUCUAGAGACAAUCUAUAAGACAUUCAACGGUAUAUUCAUAGCCAUUCUCGCUGUUUGAUCGAAAUAAUUACAGGCACAAGAGUUCUUUUGUUUUUAUAGUACGUUUAUGCAAUGUAUGUGAAUUCUCAAGGCUACAGAAAGUCGUGCGUUGUGCAGAACAAUCUUGUCUUCUUUCGCGUGCAAUCCAAUGCAGGAAAUAUAUGUAUACACUCAUUGAAAAGGUAUACGAGGUACACAUACAUCAAGCUAGAAAACAAUCCUUAAUUCUUCUUGAGAAAGCAACCAUAACCAAAUCUUGGAUGAGACACUAGUAGCACUGGUUAUGGAUACAGCUAUUAGCAGCUAGCAGACUCUGUCCACAAUAUUCAUUGAUGAUGCAGAAGACCACAUCUGGCUUUUACGAAGGACAUUAAAUAUAAAUGCACAAAAUGAACUAGUAUUCUGAGGAGAUAGGGAAAAUGAAAAGAUAACUUGUCUUCAAAACUUGCGUAAAUGUACAAUGAAAUUAACAUUCAUGAUCAGCCUGAAGAACUUUGACUGAAUUGAACAAUUUUAAGAGCACUGCCAUAGUACAUGUGCAGGUGGUGUGAUCGACAUCUAAAAGGUCAAAAGAUCAAUACAGUCUUCAACAUGGCAAAUUUUGCUUCAGAAGAGACAGUGACAUACACUGAAACUGUAGACUAUGUAGACUUACUAAACACCAGCAACGAUUGGGUUGGCAUGAACAAUGUAACUGAGAGGGAGGCAAUAGAAAUCACAGUAGCCACAGUGUUACUCAGUAUUGGACUAGGGAUUAUCAUCUUAGGGACAAUCUUUGGAAACGCAUUGACGCUCACAGCAAUCUCCAAACAUAGACCCCUACAGACACCACAGAACUACUUGAUAGCUUCUUUGGCCGUUGCUGAUCUGAUGGUGGCUAUCCUGGUCAUGCCUCUGAGCUUGACAAAGGAGAUUGUGGUGGUGUGGAUAUUUGGUCCCGUUCUCUGUGAUGUAUGGAUCUCCUUGGAUGUUAUCCUCUGCACUGCCAGCAUCCUAAACCUCUGCAUGAUAUCCCUUGAUCGCUUCUGGGCCAUCACACAACCCGUUAAGUAUCCAAAGUACCGGACAGCGAGAACCAUGCUGAUACUCAUUGCUUUUGUCUGGAUCCUAUCAACUAUCAUUUCUACCUCACCGUUCUUUGGCUGGCAGGGCAAUCAGAGCAUUGACACAAACACAUGCCAGAUCAGCCAAAAUAUCCCCUUCACAAUUUUCUCCACCUUUGGUGCCUUUUUCAUCCCCAUGACAAUUAUGAUGAUCGUCUAUGCAAGGAUAUACUGUGAGGCACGCAAAAGAAUCCGCGGUCGGGCAAUGAACGGCAGAAGCCAACCUUUUACCAGUACAGUGAAUUUUCGUGAAACAACAAACUAUCAAGAUGCAACACACUCACAAAGAGGUUCAGAUGAGCUGAAAGAAACUCCUAUAAUCAAAUGUGACCCAGCAUCUGAUGGUCAUAAAGGUGUAGACUUUCAUAGAUCAAUGACCCCAAGUGUGUUAGCAACAUCAGCCCCAAACCUUCAAAACCAACAGAACAAGGGCAAGGAAGAAAAGAAAGCUACAUUAACAUCACUAACUGUACCAGGUCAGCACAACACAACCACUACCUCGGUAUCCCUCUGCGAGAUCAACGGCAACGACAGCCCUUCAUCUCAACGCAGUCUCCUUUCAUCUCCUGGUGGCCUCUGUGGUCAAAUACAGGAGAGGGAACGCAAGAGACGUGCCAUGGCAACUGCCAGAGAGCAUCGUGCCAGCAAGACUCUUGGAAUAGUCACUGGAGCUUUUCUGGCAUGCUGGCUACCGUUUUUCUUAAAUGCUUUAAUCGUGCCCCUCUGUAAAGAUGCGUGUUACCUCCCUCGCUUAUGGGAAAGCAUCUUCCUAUGGCUCGGUUAUUUCAAUUCCAUGCUUAACCCUAUCAUAUACACCAAGUUUAACAGAGACUUUCAGAGAGCAUUUAAGAAACUUCUGCACUGUAAAGAGAACAAAUCAAAGUCUUAAGCAGCUAGGUAAUCACCAAUCUUCUUUAUCAAAUCUUGCCUGAAGACUUGUAGUGUUGUACUGCUUAAUCAUAUUACUUGAAUGAAUUCUGGAUUAGCCAACAAUGCUCAUCAUCUUUCUAAUGAGCAGUUAGUUCUUUCAGUCAUUAUCAUCAGAAAAGAUAACAAAGGAGAGAGUUCAAUGCACGUACUUAUUAACUACAUCCUGAACAAGACAUUGGGAAAUAUGCCAAUGGAAUGAAUCUCUUUUGAAACAACAGCAACAUGGACCGAUUUCCACAAGCAGGUCUUGUGACCAAAAUAUCAUUAAGCUAUAUACUCUUCUAUAUGAUAUAUUCCUACAUGCAUUCCUUGAAAGAAUCUAAAGGCUCAUAUGUGUUUCCUCCAAUGAGAGCAAGGGAGUGUUUCACAAUAUCAAUUGUCAGAGACUUUUUUUUACAAACGUGAUAUAUGCUUCUGGAUUAUAGCAUCUGACAAGGUGAGGACAGCUUAGUCGGUGCAAAUCACUCAAAAGACAUGCAAUGAAAUACUCCCUAUAUUCAGUAUAGGAGGGGACAGAAUUCUUCGAAGAGCCUAGCAACAUUUAAUAUUCAAUUCACACUACGUACAAAUUGAUUUCUGCUAGGUACUUAUCUACCUCACCUGGGUUGAGUGCAGCAAAAUGUGGAUAAAUUUUUUUGCUGAAGGAAAUUAUGCUAUAGUUGGGAUUUGAACCCAUGACCCUCUGUUACAAAGUCCUGAGGCUAAUCCACUUGGCGACAAUGCUCCACAAUGUCACUUUCUUGCCUAUAAUCAUUUACGAAAUACAUGUUUAUUAGUUUUAUUAUUACCAUGCUACAGAAAAAGAACAGUGUUAUCUUUUUUAUCUUAUUUCAAUUUUUUGCUGAAUGGUAUGGGCUACUCAAAAUCCUAGUUACAAAAUUGAUCUUAUAUUUUCUAAUCCUUGUACAAAGAAAUAAUGGCCCUCAUAUCAAGAUCCGAUUUAACAUGAGAAGAUGCACCCUACCAUGAUAUCAUGUUUUAUAAAGAUCAUAUAGAACAUUGAUAAGAACCAGGCCCAGCCACAGAGGAGGUUAGCUGGCAGGUUAAAUUGGUAAACAAAUUAAGCAACUUAAGAUAGUAUAUUUACAUGUAGU